AAAAUUUAUUUCGCAGAAUUGUUGGAGGGGGAAGCUUACGAAGAGAAGGUCGAACAGUCGAAUUCAGGCACACUUUCACGAGAUUCAGUUUAGUUUCAUGCAGUCUAUCGAACGUAUUUGUCAUUUGACGAUUCGACCUUACUGCGUGAUGUUCAUAAAUUGUGAAACUAUUAAUUUUUCCUUUGGUGUAUUGUGUAGUGGAAUAGUUUAGAUCAUUAAUGUAAAUCAAAUUUUAUUAAGUCAAGCACAAAUACAGAGAGAUGGAAGACUUUGAUCUGAAAGCUGCCAGAGAAGAAAUUGCCCGGGGAGCCUUCAUUCGAAUACCUCGUCUGAGUCAGGAUGAAAUAGAUGCUCAUACCAGACCUAAAAAACGACAAGCGAAAAAGAAGUAUCAUUUUCUUUCUUUCGAUUUAUCCGAUGACGAAGACGAUUUGUUCGGUAUUUCCUAUCCUCCGGCAAAAAAGUCGAGAAGGAACAAAGCGAAUUCUGCGAUUUCGCCAUCUUCAGCGGAGCCGAGCAAUGAAAUAAAGAGAGUUACAAGAAAAAAUUCGUCAAGUGACGCGCAGCGGAGAAAUUCUUCCAACGAUAAACCAGAUGUUAAGGGAACCGGUGAGCCCAAAUUGUUCGCUUCGUUCGAUAAAUUGAAACCGGUAGUGACAACUGAGGUUAGAGUAUUGAAAAAACCCAAAGAAGAAGCGCCUUCUUACUCGGUACCUCUGAAGAACACCAAUUUCGCACCUUCCGAGAAUAUCAUCAAGAAAGUAGAACCUGCUGCAGAUCCGAACAGUAAAGUUGGAAAAAUCAGGGUGAAAACCGCCGCCGAAUUAGGCUCAACCGUUAUAUUUAUCGACGAUGAUACUCAAAUUCCUCCUGCUAAUUCGACAACGACCUCGAGAGUUCCUUAUUCCAAAAACUCGACGACGAAUAGAAGUUCUUCCAAGGCUGACAACACCAAAUCUGCGGCCAAGAAUUCCUCCAACAUGAACGAAACCCUGAUCGCUGAUUUAUACGCGAAACUUUUCACCGUCAAAAAUCAGACUAAAAUCAGAAACGUUGCCGAAAUACUGCAAAGCAUCGCGGAAAAUAUUAAAAACAAUAACGAAAGAGUUCAAGAAAUCACCAACAAUAAAGAGCUGACCGAUGCUGAAAAGCUGAUGAGACGAUGUUUAGCAUUCCAAGAUCUGAAAAGAAAACAAGAAGAAAACGAGAUGAAGUUGAAAGAGAAAUUCGAAUCGCUGAUGGCGAUUUUUGACGAUAAUAAUUUUGAAUUACUUUUCCAGCUUUUCUUCUUGGGUAUCUUGAAGAUAUUAAUCGUCAGCGUGUCGUAUUUUUAUAAAAAAGGAACGAUUUUCAAAAAAUUGAUUACUUUGCUGCAUCAGUCCUUAACGAAUAGCAAAUUCAACGACGAACGAGUAUUUAAAUUAUUAAGAUCGAAAGAUUUUCGCGAACGAUGUAGUACGCUGGUAAAGUACAUCGAAGAUUACUGUAAAACGGAAUCGUACAGCAUGUUAUUUUUAUCAGACGCCGAUAAAAAUUUAAUCCGAAUUAAAAACCCUCCCGUCGCAAACGAGUCAACUGCAGCUGCAGAAAGAAAUCCGUCUACGACGACGCAGCGGUAUACCAGGCCAGAAUUCACCAGCGUUCAGCAACGUGAGUCCUUUCUUUUAGAUCUGCUAAAAGAAUCAACGCCUUCGGCUUCUUCCACGGAUCAGCAACAGCAAUGGAAAACUUACGCUCCAGCUCAGAAACGAAACGUAUCACAUACGACUACCGUCAGUACGAGUAAUUCUGUUCCUGCUUCGAAUAAUCCGCCGCCGAAAAGCAAUACAACAACGUCCAGCGGAAACGGAUACGUGAAUAGUUUUAUUUUUUCCGACGGGCAGAUUAAACCCUUUCCUAAUAACGUGAUAAAUAUUCAAACAACAGAACCAAGCGGUAACGUUAGACCUACUAGACCUCCGAAUGAUUACCUGAAUCAUUUUCUAAAUCGACCUGUUCCUGAUGGUAAUCCUGCCAAUACCACAUAUCACAUGAAUACGCCUUACAAUGCGCAUAAUAAGGUUCACCAUGUGAAUGGAUUGAAUGGAACUCAUCUUCUGAGCACCAGUAACGGAAAUAUUGAAAAUAUUCAACCUGGUUCAUUCGUGAACACGAACGGUAUUCCUAAAAAAGUUUCCAAAGAUAAUACGUGGAGCAACGGUCCAGUCAAUCCAAGUGGAUUGCGAUCGCUACUGUCAAACGAAACUCCCACCGACGCGAGUAGAGCAUCCAAUUAUUCGAGGUUCUUGGAACAUUACGGAGCUACUAAUUUAAAUUUGAAUACGAAUAAUACAGCUUCCAGAGGUCUUCCUUCUAUGCCACGAAACAACGGUUGGAUGGGUUGAAUACACGAAUCAUUUCUAAUUUAUAUGAACAAUUUGAAGUAUUGAUCACUGUCGACUGCCUCUUCGCUGACAAAUCACAGAGUUUUGCAGCGGAGUACCUACUCUGAUGUUUAGUUGAUGUUUCUGCGCCCUGUCACUAGCUAACAUCGGUCUCGUUGUUAUGGAUUCUGAAUCUAGUCUCAUUGUUUUAAUUUUUUCUAUCGCGAUUCCCAGUCCCAGCCUAAUUUUAAUUUAUUUUUUUAUCUAGUGAUGAUAAUUUUUAAGUAUGUAGUUUUACAAUAUGAUGCAUUUUUUGUAAGUAAUAAUACAUACUUAGAACAAACACUCGAAGAAUAUCGAGUAUAAGAGCGUUGAAAGUAUUAAAUUUGUACAUUAUUGUAAGCAUUGUAUCUCGUACUAUCUAGAAUAAUGUACUUUACGUUUGCAUAUCCUUCUUGCAUUUUUUGUUUGUUUUGCUUUAUUCUUCCUAUGUAGGUAUAUCGAAGUAUUUUUUUAGUUAAGUUUGAAAAAAAAGAAAAGAGAAAAAUGAUUUUUUUACAUUUUUUUAUAAUUACGUCGCAUAAACAUAAUAAUGCUGAGACAGUCAUUUUUUUUUAUCGAAUUUGUUACUAUGUAAAUAUGUAGUGUGCAGAUUGUAAAUGUGUUUGUUUUUAUUCAUCAACUGUGAUACUUUUUUUGCAAGAUUAUUUCGUUUUAUUAUCAUUUUUAUUAACGAAGGUAAUUUUUUGUAAUAAAAUGUCUACAAGUGAUUGCUUUUUUGAAAAUAAAAAAUUUGUAUUCGUUUUUUA